AUUCCAACAAAGCCUAGAGGCCCUUAACACACACACAUCUUAUCCCAUAAAUGAUAAAUCCCACCACUUCCAAACCCCAAGCUCCACCACCACCACCACCACCACCACCACCAUGGCUUACACACCUAUCUCUCUCAUUCCUCUAGCCUUGCUGCCACUUCUCUUCCUCUCCUGCCCUCAAACCCUAGCCCAAUCGGCUCCGGCCCCGGCCCCCUCCGGCCCAAUCAACAUCACCGCAAUCCUUGUCAAAGGCGGCCAAUUCACCACCUUCAUCCGCCUCCUCACCUCCACAACCGACGUGGCCAACCAAAUCAAUACCCAAGUCAACAGCUCCACCGAGGGCAUGACCGUCUUCGCCCCCACCGACAAUGCCUUCGACAACCUACCGGCCGGCUACCUCAACAACCUCGAAUCCCAAAAACAAGUGCAGCUUGUUCUGUACCAUGUCUUGCCAAAGUUCUACAGCUUGCCUAGUCUCUUGACCGUCAGCAACCCGGUCCGGACCCAAGCCACCGGCAACGACGGUGGAGUCUUCGGCCUCAACUUCACCGGCCAGGGCAGCCAAGUGAAUGUGUCCACCGGCGUCGUGGUGACCCAAGUCAACAACCCUUUACGUACAGACUUUCCAUUAGCUGCGUACACGGUGGACAAAGUGUUGUUGCCGUUGGAAUUCAACCAAACCAAGUCUCCAGCACCCGCUCCGACACCGGCAACCACCACCGUGAAUGGCACAAAGACCAAUACGACUGUGGCGGCGGAGCCACCUUCGAAUGGAUCGGGACGGAUGAGAAUAGGGUGGGGUUUGGUUGCAGGGAUGGGGUUGUUUUGCAUGGGGUUAGUGUCAUGAUCGAACAGUAGAUGAGUGUAGUGUGGUGUAGUGCUAUGUGGGUUUGGCAUCUAUAUCUACAUGCAUUUUUUUUUUUUUGUUUCUUAUGUUUCUUAAUUUUCUUCUUUUGCUUUAUGCAUUGCUUGAUUGUUACUUCAUAUAUAUGAGGGGUCUGGUUACUUUUGGUUUUA